CUCAUUCUCAUGGAUAUGACAGUGUAGUUCUGAUUUUCAUUCACCCUAUAUAUAUAAAUUUGAGCAGAGAUGGAGGCAUACAACAAGGUUAUGAUUGUGGGCAUAUUGUUGAUCAUUGCCAAUACCAUGUUGUUGGUUAAUGGUCAGUCGUUAUGUCACAUGACAAAACAAGGACUGAAGGCAUGCGCGCCGUAUGUUAGUGGUGACAAUUCAGUUAAUGGUCAAAAGCCAUCUGAUGUUUGCUGCUCGGCUAUUGCCAAAGCCGAUCUUCAAUGCCUAUGUCGUUAUAAGGAUUCAGGAUUGCUUUCUUUCUAUGGUAUUGAUCCUAACCAAGCCAUGGAACUUCCUGUUAACUGUAAGCUUAUGGACAACUUCCAUUGCUAGUCAUGUGUAUCGGGACGAAUGCAUAUGCAAGGGCUACUAAACUAAUAAUGUAAUCCAUGGUUUCGCUCUUGUUUUUUCGUUUAUGUAUUUUAUUUUUGUAAGCAAAUGUUAAUUGUUAGUAUGUUGUGUUACUAGCUGAACUUUGAACCCUGGAUCUCUUCGUUCUUAGUCUCAGUUCAACCACUUAAGCUACGUCUUGAAGACGUUGUUUAUGUUUUUUUAUUUAUUCCGUUGUGUUUGUUGCUAAUGCUAAUUUAUGUCAUGUUUCACUCUUUCUUGCACUAAAAGUUUUCCCAGUAUGGAUGAUGGAUCAAA